GUAUAUAAGUUAGAUGCUUGGUAUCUAAUCAGCCACUUGCACUAGCUAGGUAUAACGCUAUAGACAUUUAUGGAUCAGUAAACCUAUUGGAUUUAUUGUCAACAUUUGUACAUCAACUGAAAUAUAAUGGUAAAAAAUAAAAUCGCUAUGCUAGAUGUAUCAGAGCUGUUGAGACCAGAGGCAGCAUUUGCAUCCAAACCUAUUGGACGAUACAGGGAUUAUGACAUAGACCACGAGGAUCCUAUAAAAGAAAGAGUGAGAAUCACAUACACCGAGAUGCAUACGAACCAAACAAUAGAUUACGUAAAAAAAAAGAUGGCUGAAUGGUUGUCUUUCGAUAAAUUUGAGGCCACUAUUAUGGAAGCAUUGGAAUCCCUCAACGACUUAGUAGACGAAAGCGAUCCUGACGUAAAUAUUCCCAACAUUGUUCACGCAUUUCAAACUGCCGAACGCAUACGCGCCGUUCAUCCACACCAUGACUGGUUUCAUCUGGUUGGUCUGAUACACGAUUUAGGGAAAGUGAUGGCUUUCAAAGGUGAGCCUCAGUGGAGUGUGGUUGGUGAUACAUUUCCUGUUGGAUGUGCAUGGGCGGAUUCUAUAGUUUACAAAGACACCACAUUUAAAAAGAACCCUGACACCUAUGAUCCGAGAUACAACACCACAUUAGGUAUUUAUUCGAAAAAUUGUGGAUUGGACAAUAUCUUGAUGUCUUGGGGACAUGAUGAAUACUUAUAUAGAGUCUUAGUACACAACAAAACUACAAUACCCAAAGAAGGACUAAACAUGAUUAGAUUCCAUUCAUUUUACCCAUGGCACUCUGGUGGUGACUAUGAUUUUUUAUGCUCUGAAGAUGAUUUGGAAAUGAAGAAAUGGGUCUUAGAAUUCAAUAAAUUUGAUUUAUAUACUAAAGGAGGUGUCAUACCAGAUAUAAAAGAAUUGAUGCCAUAUUAUCAAACAUUGAUCGACAAAUACAUUCCAGGAUUAAUUAAGUGGUAGAAGUAAAUCAUAGAAAAGGUGUUUACAAAAGUUAAAAAAUAAUAAUAACA